UCACCUUUGUCCCCAGGCUUGGCAGCUCACAUGGAUAACAACUGUCUCCCAACAUUGGCCCAGGGACAUGUCUUUCCCUAAACAAACCAACCUCUCCUCACGUCCCCCACUCUGUACUUUCACUGACUAUGCGUUGGCAGAUUCUGCCAAGUUCUACCUGUAACUGGCUUCAUUUUCAAGUCAGAUGUUUGGCUGCUGCUCUGUCCCCUGCAACAAGGAGCCAUGCCAGCUGGACACACACUUCUUCCAGGGCCUCUGGCAGCCAGGACAGAGUUGAGACCACAGCUGUUGAGACCCUGAGCCCUGAGUCUGUGUUGCUCAAGAAGGGCCUCCCCCAGCAAUGACCUCCUCAUUGCUUCUGGCCUUUUUCCUCCUGGCUCCAACCACAGUGGCUACUCCCAGAGCUGGUGGUCAGUGUCCAGCAUGUGGAGGGCCCACCUUGGAACUGGAAAGCCAGCGGGAGCUGCUUCUUCAUCUGGCCAAGAGAAGCAUCUUGGACAAGCUGCACCUCAGCCAGCGCCCAACACUGAACCGCCCUGUGUCCAGAGCUGCUUUGAGGACUGCACUGCAGCGCCUCCAUGGGGUCCCACAGGGGGCACUUCCGGAGGACAACAGGGAACAGGAAUGUGAAAUCAUCAGCUUUGCCGAGACAGGCCUCUCCACCAUCAACAAGACUCGUCUUGAUUUUCACUUCUCCUCUGAUAGAACUGCUGGUGACAGGGAGGUCCAGCAGGCUAGUCUCAUGUUCUUUGUGCAGCUCCCUUCCAAUACCACUUGGACCUUGAAAGUGAGGGUCCUUGUGCUGGGUCCACAUAAUACCAACCUCACCUUGGCUACUCAGUACCUGCUAGAGGUGGAUGCCAGUGGCUGGCAUCAACUCCUCCUGGGGCCUGAAGCUCAAGCUGCCUAUAGCCAGGGGCACCUGACCCUGGAGCUGGUACCUGAAGGCCAGGUAGCCCAGAGCUCAGUCAUCCUGGGUGGAGCUGCCCAUAGGCCUUUUGUGGCAGCCCGGGUGAGAGUUGGGGGCAAACACCGGAUUCAUCGACGAGGCAUCGACUGCCAAGAAGGGUCCAGGAUGUGCUGUCGACAAGAGUUUUUUGUGGACUUCCGUGAGAUUGGCUGGCACGACUGGAUCAUCCAGCCUGAGGGCUACGCCAUGAACUUCUGCAUAGGGCAGUGCCCACUACAUGUAGCCGGCAUGCCUGGAAUUGCGGCCUCCUUUCACACUGCAGUGCUCAAUCUUCUUAAGGCCAACACAGCUGCAGGCACCACUGGAGGGGGCUCAUGCUGUGUACCCACAGCCCGGCGCCCCCUGUCUCUGCUCUACUAUGACAGGGACAGCAACAUUGUCAAGACUGACAUACCUGACAUGGUAGUAGAGGCCUGCGGGUGCAGUUAGUCUAUGUGUAGUAUGGGCAGCCCAAGGGGGUGUGGGAAAACACUCCCCCACAGAAGUGCACUUCCUUGAGAGGAGGGAAUGACCUCAUUCUCUGUCCAGAAUGUGGACUCCCUCUUCCUGAGCAUCUUAUGGAAAUUACCCCACCUUUGACUUGAAGAAACCUUCAUCUAAAAAGAGUCACUGUACCAUCUUCCUGACCACUACCCUCUUUCCUAGGGCAUGGUCCAUCCCGCUAGCCUCACGUGCUUAACCCCGACUCCAGGGACUCAGACCCAUCUCCAACGAUGAGCAAGGCCAUAUGGUUCCCAGGCAAAGACACCCUUAUCUCACCUUUAAUUGACCCCAUAACCCACUAUGCCUUCCUGUCCUUUCCACUCGAUGGUCCCCACUCCAAGAUGAGUUGACACAGCCCCUUUCCCCGAUUUUUGUGGAUCUCCAGAGAGCCCCUUCUUUGGAUUCACCAAAGUUUAGAUCACUGCUGCCCAAAAUAGAGGCUUACGUACCCUCCUC